UUAGGACUCUACAGUGCUCUGCAGUCAACCUCUGGACAUCCACCUGCGAGGACGGAGGUGUACGACCCCAUAUCCGGUGUAGUGAGACAUGACCGGCAUUUGAGAUUCGUGCACCCGUUUUUCCCUUUUUCUUUUUUUUUCGUCUCUAUUAUCUUUCCAUUAAUAAUUGCAAUCGAAUUCGUUUAAUGUUACGUAGAGUUUGGCGAUCUUUUUGUUAAAAAGGGAGUGAGAUAAUUCGGGGGAACACGUUGUGUUUACUGGAUAGACUCUCCCUCUCUCUAUUUUUUUUCAAGAUGCAUAAAUAUUAUUUCGGAUUAUUUCUAAUUAUUAUCGCGAUGUGUGCCAAAGUGUACACCGCGAAAAAGUGCGAAGGAAAUGGCCUAGGAUUGAAGUAUGUAUGGGGGGAUGCAUUAACAGACUCGCUAGAUUGCAUAGGACCUAAUAAUGUGCAAUAUCCUACAGCUGCGAUAUUGAGAACCUUUAAAAAUCUUUGGGCAAAUGGUCGAACCGCUAGAUAUCAUCAGUCUCAAACUACCGAUCCCAAAAUAACGAGACAAGCCCUUCUUCAUAAUUACAAACUCGCACAGGGAGAUUUCUCAAUAACGGGUCAUGCACGAAAUGGUCGAGGAUUUUCUGCAAAGGAAAGCUGCGGCUCUCCAAGCAGACUCUGUAAAACAAGGUAUAACACCACAGCACCUAUGUAUGGUGUCAGUUUGACGAGUGGUCAACCAGUGACAAUCGUACAAAAGUUUCCUGAUCUUCUUCAGCAAGUCGUAUUCGAAGUCUGCGAAUCGAAAGAAUGCGAUGUAGUCCAUGGUGAAUGCACGCAAACAUAUGUGCCUUACUUGUUUUUGGUGAUUCCUUUGGGGCCGGUGACCCUAACCGGUCAGGAUUACGUGCUGGUUGAGAGCGGUUGCGUCUGCAAGCCAAGGAAUUUGGCGAGUACAGCAUCCGAAGCGCCUGUUGUGCCAAGCUUCUAAGAAGCAUUUCUAAUUCAGAUAUGAAACGUUGAUGAUAAUGUCCAAUAAUUUCUUCGAUGAAGUUCUCUAAAAUUAAAGGGAGAAACACGAAGAAGGAUGAGACAUGAGGAGAUAUAAUACGAAUAUUGUGACGACGUAAAUGAAAAUUUAAAGGACCGACUCGUCGAUCGAAAUAGUGAACUUUUUCAGGCGAUCGUCGAAAUUAUAGGAAAAUGUGUUUGAUGGCAAACAAAAAAUAUGUACGCAAUACGCAUACUGUAUAAAGAAGUUCAAAUUUAACGUAAUUAAUUAAUAUUAACAAAAUGUUUAACUUGUAAGAAAAUAUGAUUAAUCUAUGUAAAACUAUUACAAAAUUAUCACGAGACUUUUAUGUUUUGUUGAUAAGGAUAUACAAAUCGUUUCUUCGCUCCUAUUAUUUAUAUAUACUGUAAUAUGUAAAAAAAAUUAUUUUUAUCGUA